CCCGCGCGCCCGCCGGCCCCGCCCCGCCCCGAGCAGAGGGCGCAGCCCCCAGCCGGGCAGGCCCCAAGCGGCAGUUGGGCGGUUAGGAGUGGCGCCGCUCCCUCCUACGCAGUGGACUCUUUCGAGGCGGAAAACUUGCCAUGUCGGCUGCGGAGGCGGGAGGUGUUUUCCGCAGAGCUCGGGGCAGGACCCUGGACGCGUUUUCCUCAGAAAAGGAAAGGGAAUGGAAAGGCCCGUUCUACUUCAUCCAAGGUGCAGACCCACAGUUCGGACUGAUGAAGGCCUGGUCCACUGGGGACUGUGACAGCGGUGGCGACGAGUGGAAGCAGGAGAUCCGUCUGACUGAGCAGGCCGUCCAGGCUAUCAACAAGCUGGGCCCCAAGCCCAAGUUCUUUGUUCUGUGCGGGGACCUCGUCCAUGCCAUGCCCGGGAUGCCCUGGCGGAAGGAGCAGACGGAGGACCUGCAGCGGGUGCUCAGGACCGUGGACAGCGAGAUCCCACUGGUCCUUGUCAGCGGCAACCAUGACGUGGGCAAUGUCCCCACCCCCGAGACCAUCGCGGAGUUCCAGCAGACUUGGGGAGAUGACUAUUUCAGCUUCUGGGUUGGGGGCGUCCUGUUCCUCGUCCUCAACUCCCAGUUCUUAUACGAUGCCUCCAUGUGCCCUGCCUUGAAGCAGGCCCAGGCCCAGUGGCUGGACCAGCAGCUGAGCAUCGCAGGGCAGCGGAAGUGCCAGCACGCCAUCGUCUUCCAGCACAUCCCGCUGUUCCUGCAGAGCGUCGACGAGGACGACAGCUACUUCAACCUCACCAAGCUGGUGCGGAAGGAGAUGGCAGACAAGUUCUCCCUAGCAGGUAUCAAAGCUGUGUUCUCAGGCCACUACCACAGAAAUGCCGGGGGCACCUACCAGGACCUCGACAUGGUGGUAUCAUCUGCCAUUGGAUGCCAGCUGGGCAAAGACACCCACGGGCUCCGGGUCGUGGUGGUCACCGCUGAGAAGAUCGUCCAUCGAUACUACAGUUUAGAUGAGCUGAGUGAGAAGGGAAUAGAAGACGAUCUGAUGGAUUUGUUGAAGAAAAAAUGAUUGCCGAUUAUGAUUUAUUCACUUUUCACUUCUACUGGUUUUUCAUUUUGGAAGAAACGGCAGCUGCACACAACCCCAUAUUGAAAUAAAAAAGUGUACCAGG